GGCUUCGGAGAAUAAUCACGUGUCUUUUCCAUCAUGGCGACCGUCGUCACCGCGGAACAUUUCUCCAAUUUACAACUUCUUCUAAAGGCGCCGUCUAAAGAUGCAGUGAGAGAAGUGUGUGUCCAGAGUCACCAAGGUCCAAGUCGAAUCUUCACUGAAAACACAGCUGCUAAAUUCAACAUCUCCCCCUCCCAGGCUGCUCAGCUGGUCGAGUCUCUGCACACACUCUCUCGUCACGUCGUAUUCCAUAACCUCACGUCUCCGGAGCAGAUCCUGGCUCUUUUUCCUGAAUCGUUUCACUCAAGCCUUAAAAACCUCAUCACCAAAAUCCUGCUGGAAAACAGUGCAACCUGGAGAACAGAAGCCCUCAGUAAUCAGAUCUCACUGCCGCAGUUGAAGGAGAUGGACUGGAGAGUGGACCUCGUUACCAGCUCUGAGUCGGUCAGUCGAAUGGCCGUCCCCACCUGCCUCCUGCAGCUUAAGAUGGAGGACACGCGUUGCCGUCAUGAUGAGGCAGUCUCCACGGUGACGAUGGAACUCAGUCGAGAGUCUCUGGACACGAUGUUGGAUGGACUCGGUCGUAUCCGGGAUCAGCUGUCUGUGGUUGCCGGGAAAUAAGGACAAUUCACAAAAUUUUGAACAUUUAAGGUUCCUAAGGAUCCUGUUGGAUCGAUUUCAUUAUGUUUCCCAAUAUUUGUAUAGAAAAGGACCAAACAAUGAUUUAAUUUUCAAGUACAAAGACAAGCAACAUAAAAAGUGAAAUGCAUUAGUCUUGUAUAGCACUUUGCGAGGUGCCAAGAGUGGUUUUACAUUUUUAUGCAUUCAUUACACACCUAGUGGUUGUUUACUUUUGUAGCCACAGCUGCCUUUGGGCUGACUGAGCCAUUAAACCUCCAUUUUCUAAUUAAGGGUUUAUUAAUUAAGUAAUAUGUUACUACAAAACAAGUGCAGUCAGUUUAUUCACAUUAUAAAACAUAACGCAUGAAUGAGGCAAUCCUUCAUUUAGUUCAAAUUUUUGAAGCAAAAAUCUAAAUUUAAAAAUGUAUGCACAUAUUAUUAACAAUAGUAGUGCCAUCAUUGGUCUUAAAAUUAAAUACAUAAUACAAAAAACAUUGGUCAGAUGUAUCAUAUUUGCCUGCGUUAUGCAACUUUAAAUGUAGUACUAUGGCACAAAGUUGUAAUGCAUUUAAAUGAGUCUAUAGCAUAUUAAACAGUAUAAAGUUUUUUAGUACCAUCAGUUACAUUUACAGAGUAAAGUAAAUUCAAAUUGUUUUACUCAAGCUAUUACAGCCAUCUUAGAUUGCAUAGCUAGUAGGGCUGCUAAAUUGAUUAGAUUACUGUAAUAUUGAAUCAAAAUUUUGAACAUCACUGUUAUUUAAGUAAGAAGUAACCUAAAUAACAAAAUAUCUCCAUUGGAUCUUAUGUAUAAAAGCCUAUGUAGUUAAGACAACAAAUCUAUCUGUAAAUAUGACACUAUAAUUGUACUCCUCUUCUUUUAAAUGUUAAAGCACUCACAUUUACAAUUUCACUGUGGACUGAAUACAAAUAAACAAAUCUCAUAUUUUCCAAAUCUAAAUAUACAGAAAUGUAGAUUUUUUUUUUUCCUCAAGUCAUUCAUCCCUAGUUUAACCAUUUGUGGCAGUUAUCGAUUGCAUUAGCGAGCAAUUACAGAUUUCACAAUGUCAGUGAGAGUUAUUAUAAAUCCAACCCACAAGGGGGCCUAAACCAGUCGGCUCAAAUCGAUUACUCCUUUCUGGUUGAUUGACUGAUUCGUUACUUAAAGUGCAAAUUAGAGUAUUUACUUCUCUAAAACAUAGUUAACGUCAUUAGAUUUAAGAUUUUACAAAAAAUCUUAGUUUUUUCUAGUUUUGUAAUUUUAGUUAAAUUUAGAAUUUUACUUCCUGGUUAGAUACGGGCAGCAGAUAUGACAUACUUCUGUUCUGUUAACAAGGGCCAAAACCUGUCUGAAUUGCAAUAUUUAUGACUUGACAAAUAAAGAUAAAUUAUAACACCUUUUUGUUGCUAAAAUCAAGGUUUAACCUGUCAGAAAAAAUGCCUUCCUUGUGUGUAAAUUGUCUCUGCAUUUUUGAUGGGAUUGAUGACAUUUGAGGACACAGGGAGAGGGAUUCUGUUUCAGAACUCACUGCUACUUCCUGUAUUUUCCAAGUUUUUGUUUUGUACUUUUUUUCACAAACUGCCUCUU